AUGGAAGCCGAAGCAACAAAAGCAGGACAUUCCGCCUGGGACCCGCGAGGAUGGUCCUUGACGAAAAAGCUCUCCGCUGCAGUCGGUGCUGUUGUGGUCAUCGUUGCUGUUAUUGUGGGCGCUGUGCUCGGGGUGCGGGCAAACCGCUAUCCCAAUUAUACCAAACUCGACUAUAGUUUGGUAGAUACCUAUUCGGGGUCUAAUUUUUUCAAUAAUUUUUAUUAUGCUACCUCCGACCCGUCAGGCGGAUUUGUUCAAUAUAUUGACCGAGCUUCAUCCGAAUGGCUCAAUUUGACUUAUGCCACGAACACAUCCGCUGUGCUCAAGGUGGACACAACAUAUAGCGGAUCAGACGAGGUAGCUGACGGUCGCCAAUCCGUCAGGAUCACGUCUAACAAUACCUAUGCCGAUGGGUUAUUUGUUUUCGAUAUUUUGCAUACCCCUUACGCUUGUGGUAUAUGGCCAGCUCUGUGGCUUACAGAUCCGAGUAACUGGCCAGCUCAUGGCGAGAUUGAUGUCAUGGAAGCUGUAAAUAUGGGUGAAUGGGGCAACCAAGCAACUCUUCAUACGUCAAGUGGCUGCAAUAUGGGCGUGAAGCGGAAAGAGACUGGUUCUGCGCUGUACAAAACGUGUUACUGGGAAGCGAAUGACGAAUCAGGAUGUGGUGUGAAAGGUGCUAAGGCCACAUAUGGUCCUGAGUUCAAUGCACAGGGCGGCGGAGUCAGUUGUUUUCGUCAUCAGACAGGAAUCUAUUGGCUAACUUCUAAACAGGUCUAUGCCAUGGAGCUUCGUGACGCGGGCAUUCGAGUCUGGCAUUGGGUUCGCGCUGACAUCCCAUCCGAUAUUACUUCAGGGAGUCCCGAUCCUUCCACAUGGGGUAAAGCGUAUGCAGAUUUCCCAAGUACGGAGUGCAACAUCGGCAAUCAUUUCACAAACCAGAGUAUCAUUGCCAACAUCGAUUUUUGCGGAGGCUGGGCAUCUGCGACUAAGUACUACACCACACAGAGCGGGUGUCCGGACAGUUGCGAGACGUUUGUGAUGGAUAAUGCAUCUAAUUUUACGACGGCAUACUGGGAGUUCAAGAGUUUCAAGGUUUACCAAGCAAGCACAUAG